AACUUGUUCCGAUAGUUAAAUCACGACCAGCAGUGUCCCUAAUUAGUCUUUUUUUAUAUUUAAUUAUGGAUCUUUUUCACGUGAAAAUAUUUUUAUGUUUAAUUUUCUGGUCUAAUUUUGUGAAAUGCACGAUAGAGUUAGAAAGUUUUGGAUCUCCCAGUGCUUUUGAUGAAAAUCUGUACAAAGAAGUACUAGAUACAGAUAAGUGCAAGAAGGAACUCGAUUUUUUAGCGGAUCCUAUUAAUAUACUGCGGAAAUUAAAAUUUUUAGACGCAGGUAUAAAGAUACCCCGAGGUAUAACGUCCUUUAACUUGGUCGAUUUGGGAAACUAUUUCCAAUGUCUGGAUAUAGGUGAAGAUUUUGAGGACCGAACUAUAGACGGAAAAUACUGCAUGAUUUCAGUACCUUUACAACAAGGCAAUUUACAAUGGCCAGAUGCUAUAGACUCUGUCACCUUAUCAAACAAUCCUUUUGGACUAUUAUUCUCAAACAAUACUGUUUUGGAUUUUGAAAACAAUGAAAGUAAUAUCAGAAAUGUUAAAACACUUGAAAAAAGUCUACACAAUUUGCUUGGCGUAGAAGUUAACGAAAAUGGCAGAGUAUCAACGGACAGUGUCUUAGCUUCUUUGAGUCUAAAACUAGCUGCUUGCAUCCCAAAGACUUGUACUACCAAAGAAGCUUUAGACUCCUUUUACGGAAACGCAGUAUCUGCAGGACUGGAGUAUACCGAGGACUUCUGCAGACUGCCCAAUGACAAGCCUUAUGUCACUGCAGACUAUGUGGCAUGCGUCAUAUUUGGAUUUAUUGGAUUGCUAACGUUAAUCAGCACUACGUAUGACAUCAAUCACUGUUUUCUUCUGAAAAGAGAUCCGAAGACGGCAAAUGCACUGUACAGAUCAUUUUCCGUGUACACAAAUUGUAAGCGAUUGGUCACCGUGACUUCGUCUCCUAGCACCAUAGAAUGUCUCGAUGGGAUCCGAGUGUUGGCAAUGGCUUGGGUCAUCCUCGGACACACUUAUUCUACGCUUGGAGCAUUCCCUCUUGCCAACCCUUUGGCGAGACAGGAAUGGCUGGAGUCAUGGCAUUCGAUCCUAAUUACUGCAGCACCAAUCACGGUCGAUACAUUCUUCCUUCUAAGUGGCUUGUUAGUCGUUUACACUACUGCAGGGAAAUUUAAAAGAAUGGACCUAAUAAAAAACGUGCAUCUGUUCUACUUGAACCGCUUGCUACGGAUGUUCCCGAUCCUGGCAGCCGCCAUUCUACUCAUAGCCUCCUGGUACAACCACGUCGCUGAUGGACCAUAUUGGUCCGUGUUCGCGAGCAAAGUCGACAGGUGCCGGACCUACUGGUGGUCCACUCUGCUUUAUGUGCAGAACUAUACGAACCAGAGCAAAAUGUGCGUCGGCCAAGGCUGGUACCUGGCGGUGGAUAUCCAGCUCCACAUCCUGUCUCCUCUGGUGCUGUUCUGGGUGCUGAGUGGAAGGAGGGCCGCCUGGACUAGCAUGACGCUGGUACUGAUCGCCUCCUUGACCGCGGCUACUGUGUAUAAUGCUGUCAAUGGAUUUAGUGCUAAGAUAGUGGGUAACACUCGUGACUACUUCAGAUUAUACUACAUGAACACUCUGACCCGCGCCUCGCCGUUCUUCGUCGGCAUGUUGUAUGGAUACGUGCUGUACUUGACCAAGAACCAGAAAUUGCAUCUUAAAAAGCCACUCCUCCUAGCUCUAUGGUCAAUAUCCACACUGAUCCUCACAUGCACGAUCCUUGUGACGUACCCGGUGCAGCAGAGCUCGUGGCGGCACAGGCUGGCGGACACGAUGCUCAACUCCUUCAUGCGCCCGCUGUGGGCCGCCGCCGUGGGCUGGACCAUCUUUGCGUGUCAUAAGGGAUAUGGAGGUCCACUAAACUGGUUCCUCUCCCUCCGCUUCUGGAAGGUCCCGGCUCGUCUCUCCUACGCCAUGUACAUCUUCCACUACGCCAUACUCAACAUCGUCAACUACACCCACCUGGCUCCGGUGCACUUCUCCGAUGAGGCAUUCCUUUUCAGGUUCAUCGCAGACUUCUCGUUGGCUCUUUUCGUUGCGUUCUUCGCGACUCUGCUCAUAGACUCGCCCUGCUCCACUCUCAUCAAGAUGGCGCUUACACCAGGUCGCAAAGAAGAGCAGCAAAGGGCAACUGAAAAGAAUGCUGAAGCUGAAAUUGUAUCAAAUGGAUACACGGACAAAUCUAGGUUAUGAAAUACUCAUCAAUAAAAAAUAGAUUUUAGUGAAGUAAGGAUUAGUGUCUAUAAGUUUCCGUCUGUGCACUCUUUUUAUACUACGAGUAUAAUGUAUGCACUAUAAGUAUAAUAUUUACUAUGUAGUACAUAAGUACCUAAUUAUUUUUAGAGUAAAAUAGAACGGGUAUUGAAUACGCUUAUGAUUGUUAUUUAUGGUUAAAGUUAAUAAAAUAUAUAAGUACGUACCGUAGUAUUUUUUGUUUGUCUUAUAUCAUACGGAUCAUACCCAAGCUUGUGUUAGUCAUAUUAGUAUAUACUUACUGUAAAAAUGUGUUUUAUAAAUGGAAUGAUUUUGGGGAACCCAGAGGAACUUUGUACCAACUCAGACGUCGGAAUGGUUGUAGAAAUUCCCUACUUAGGAAGCUUACUCAUUGUAUGAAUCAGGGUCUUAUCGAGGCAGGAAACUAACAGAUAAUAUACUAUUAAUUAUUAUUGUAAAUACAAGCUAACUUUCAUUGUAACGUCUAUACAACAACUACAUUACACAAUAGUUAAUUAUUAAAGGUACAAGUCAUUAUAUUUGCGACCACUGGAGGCAAAAAUGCUUUACCACCAUGUAAAAAAAACUAUUUUAAUAAUUAAAUUCUAUUUA